UCUUCACUCUCUGCUGAGAAAGACUCCUCCUGUUUGUAAUUCAGCAAAAUGGUCAGCGCCUGGUCUCUCCUUCUCCUAAUGGCCACCUGCUGCGCCUACCUGCGGCUGACCCCAGCUGAGGAGUCCUUGCUGGAGACACGCUCCUUAGACUUCACCCUGAAAACCCAGCAGGAGAAAGACCUGAUCGAUGCCUUGCAAGAAGUUCUAGAAAAGCUGAGGAACAAAGAAAUGCCCUUAGAGAAAAAGCUUGGCUGGUUGCCCUCGUGUGACGCAGGGGAGCCAUGUGCUGUGCGUAAAGGUGCGCGCAUCGGUACCCUGUGCAGCUGUCCACGAGGGACUUCCUGUAACUUCUACGUCCUCAAAUGUUUGUAAAGAGGAAACAGAAAUACAAAGGUGACAGAUGUCUUCGGGUCAGUUCGCCCUUUUGCCAAUUUACCACAUAUACAUUGCCAUUUUGUUUCCUCCACCUUCUAUUUCAGCCGUGUGGUACAAAUAUACUAAAACCACUACUUAAUGGUUUGUUUUUCUUUGUAGCUAGUAUUUAAUGGAUUAUGAAGAUAUCUAGUCAUGCAUUGCUCAAAAGGUACAGAUAAUUAAAUUAACUACUUGGACCCUGUUUCCAUUUGUUUUGACCCAGCUGACCUUACGGCAAUUUGAUCAGCAGAGAUUGUCUGGGGUUCCAAGCAGCAUCUGGGGGGCCCUUCACAGAUGUCCCAUCAGCCACGUUGUCCAUUUAACACUUUUGGUGUUAUGGUUCAAUAAUAAACCAGCAUUUAAAUUCACAAUAACUUAGUAUUUUCCUAGAGCCUCACAUUAACCAUAUUAAACUAUCUAUUGAAUAAAUGGAAGUGAAUCGAUUUGGAGAAAAUGUUGGAGAGUUGCAGCUUUUCAAUUUGGAGUCAGCAGAGUUAAGAAGGAGGGGCCAAGUUUAACUGGUUGAAGCUUACAAGCAACCACUGAAACUGGUCAGUUAUUUUGAUUUGUUCAGAUUAAUUUGCAGCUACAUUGAGAAAGAAAUGUUACUUCAACACAGAAACAAGAUGGAGAAAUAAUUAAACUAGUGUCAUUACAUUUUGACCAUUAAGCUAUAAAGAUUUUCAUCUGUGAGAUCUCAAACAAUAUUAGUAUAAACCCAUUUUAUAUAAUAAUAUUAAAUCAAGUUUUAAAUUGAGUCAAAGUAUUUAAAGAACUUAACAUUUUGAAUUUAUUCAAAAACAUUAGCAUCAUAUUGGAAAUUAGACUAAUUCCCUAUAAUUGUAUAAACAAAUGUGAAGUUUUGAUAUCUCUAUUCUGGGUAAAAAUUAAGGUACUCUUAGGGGCCCCUUGCUGGCCUAGGCCCCUAUGAGGUUUAGUUUGCUAGUAUCUUUGGUUAGCUCUUUAGAUUAUGAACCCUGAUUAUACCAAAAUAACUUUAAGUAAUUUUCACAUUAUACACUAGAUAGAUAAUGACUCGUUGAAGCAGGUACAAAUUGUGCAGUGGCAGUAAGAAAAACAGAGUCUGAAAAGUUGGGGUAUGAAAGGAUCACAAUUAUUAGGUUACAAAAUAGCAAAGGGGCGAAAUGACCAACACCUGUUGCAUAUACUGGUGUGGAGCAAAGAAAGUGAUGAUGUAGCAGGGCAUAAGGAAACUGCUUAUUUUUGUAUGCCCAUGCUGAUUUUCAUGUAGAAAAAACGUUAUAUGUUUAAGCUUGUGAAAAACCUUCUGAUGCUAUUUUCUUCUAAUUCAGUAAACCAUUGUGAAACAUAUAGAUUGUAAUCAGUUUAUGAAUACAUUUGUUAGAAUUAAGGCCAAUAAACACACUU